AUGGCAAGGACUCUAUGUAUCAAUUUAUCGAACCUUUUUUUAUGCAAAUUAAGUGGUGUGUUGAAAAAAAUUUGGAAUGAGAAAUCUCAAAUGCUAUCAUUUGGUUGUGGAGACAAAGAACAAAUUAUAAUACUUGCCAGCUCCUUCAAUGCCAACAUUGCCAACAAAAAAGCACUACAAAAGAAAUGCCAAACGGAAUGUUUGAAUGAUAUCGUUCUCCGUGAGUGCAGUGGAAGAACUGAGUGUCACCUCUCGUACGAUGCUUUGUUGCAAGGUUCGAUCAUGCAGAGGUGCCCCAAUGCUUCUAAAUCUGGCAACAUCAUCAUUGAAUAUAUUUGCGAACAUCAUGAAAUUUAUAACAAAACGGGAAAGCACAUUGAGUCAAAUAUUAUGGAAAAUCUUAAUAUCACCAGCACAAAAUUUGAUGGAAGAGCAACAAAGCAUGGUCUGGAAAAAUCCAGGAUGUUUUUCAAGAGAAAACGCGUUUCACCAAAAAGGGAAGUUAGACAAAAUCUAACAGUGAACAAAGAAAAGUUUAUCCUGUAUUUGAUCAUUUUCAUCUUCAUUGGAGUAUGGACUGUCACCAUGGCAAUUAUUUACAGGCUCGGUCAGUUAUUAGAAAAAGAAAAAAGGAAAGCAACAACGAACAACAACAAUAAAAACGGCAACAAAGCAUUGAUAGAGCAGCAACAAAUCGACCAGACAGCUGAUAACUAUCAUUCCCCUGGAAACUGGAGGAACACUGAAAGCGAAAGUUCCACUGCUGAUGACAGAACUUUGAGAGACGAUGAACACGGUGAUAUGAGCAAUAUGGAAAGGUCUGACUCGAGAAAUAUCAUGUGCUCCAACAUCAUGUCAGCAGAUGAUAGGUCCUCAAAAGAGUCAAACACCGCCAAAAUGAGCAUAGAGAACGACGAUAAAGAUAACACUGCCGAUAAAGCAAUACUCCAAUCGACGUCUUCACCAGAAUCUUCCAUUAUGAACGAAUCAACGACACACCAAGCAACAAUAAUCAGCCAACCUUCCUACAUCAACGCCAACAUCCCGCUGCCCUCACCUCCAACUUCACUCAUGUUUGAAAGGUCCUCGCCAUUGCAAUCUGCUGAUGCAAACGACCCAUCCAAUUUCACCGAUGCAGAAAUCAUCAACUACAUACCUAUCGAUAACGACAAUUAA